AUGUAUCGCCAGUUAAGCAGCGUAAAUAAACAACCCCAUUUCGAACUUUCUUCAAAACAGAAUGGAUAUGCUGGACUUGGGAUGACUCCAAAGAUGGCAACAGUUCGAAAGAACAAGGAAGGAUUCACUCCAAGACAAGUCAAGGCUGCGAUGGAAGCAAGAAGUGCAAUGCAAAUACUCAAUGCUCCAAGCACCAAAAGUCUGAAGUAUGCGAUCCGAUCUGGUCUCAUCAAGAACUGUCCUAUCACUGAAGAAGCGAUCAAUCAUGCCGAAGCAAUAUUUGGACCUGACGCCUCUACAUUGAAAGGCAAGUCAACAAGACCAACUCCGAAGAAGACGUAUGACGACUUCUUCAGUCCACCAGAGGAAUUGUAUCAACAUAAUCGAUCUAUUACCGUCUGUAUUGAUCACAUGAAGAUCGAGAAUGCUAAGUUUCUCACCUGCAUUGAUACCACUGUGCGUUAUCGCUCAUGUAUUCCCAUGCAGAACCUGAAGACUGACCCUGUAUUUGAAGCAUUGGAUAAGAUAUUCCGCUGCUACAACAAGGCAGGCUUUCAAGUCAAGAUCAUCAAGUGUGAUCGGGCAUUCAUUCCUCUCACGGAUGAUAUGCUAGAUGAUAUGGGUGUUACUAUUGACCCGACUGCAGCUGGAGACCACGAGCCUACCGCUGAGCGAAACAAUUGA